UCUUCCUUUUGAAAGAGAGAGUAGAACAGAAGCAUGAUAGAGAAUCGCAAAGCAGCCUGCACAGAGAGGAAAGUGGUGAAUUCUAGAGAGAGAGAGGGAGUGGGAGAGUUUUCGCUUAGUUCUGAUGAAAGCUUAUCUGGGUUUGGAGUGUUUGAGUGUGACGGGGGAUUGAUCAAUGCUGAGUGUUUGUUUCUGACGAAAAUUUUUGUUCUUUAUUUUCUUUUGGGAUUGGAAUUUGGUGGGUUUGGAAGGAGGAGGGAUUAUGCGGAAGUCCUUCAAGGAUUCUCUCAAAGUUCUUGAGGCCGAUAUUCAGCACGCCAAUACCCUGAUUUUAUCUCUGCUACGAAGUUCUGCUUAGGCGAUCAUAUUUUGAAAUUCUUGUAAAUGUCUGCUUGAUUGAUGCGGCUAUUUUACUUUGUGGAUUGAAGCGUGAAUCUUUCACCUGACCCGUGAUUGUCUUCUUGGAUAGAGGCUGCAUCUUUGUGGGUUUUGUUCAUGAUCUUGUUGGGAAUGUAGAAACCAUUUAGUAUGAUUUUCAUGAAGGCCAUUGCUUGCUAAUAAUUUGUUUAAUGCAAUCUAGAGUUUUUCUGCUUUCUGAAACAUGUGUAAGGUGGGGAUUUUGGCAGACUGAGCGUAGGAUUGUGCUUUAGCUUUCAAUUGAUGACCAGGUAUCUUCAUACCCCUGAACCUUGCUUUAUAAAGCCCCAACCAACCGAGGCCCGAUCAUAACCUGACUGGUUAAAACCCUAGAAUUCGAGAUCUAGCGAGGAGGGAAAUAGAAAUCGUGACAAUGGAGGUAAUGAGGGAAGGGGAAGGAAGCGAAUGGAGUCUUCCUUCUAUAUCUAGACUAAGUUUUCACAACGGAGUCUUACUGAACUGCCCCGAUUGAUACAAGACUACAGUUCGAAGUUUCUGAAUGAGCUAGGCCAUUGCUGUGCUUGCUGAAAAAUGAGAAAGUUGGGGAACUCUUUUGUCUAUAUAUAUAUAGCAAUAUGUAUGGGCUUCUGAUUUUCCCAGGGAAUAUGAUGGCACCUGUCUUCAAAUGAGAAUGUCCUACAGUCCAGCAGCACAUCUGUUCCUUUUCCUUGUGCAGUGGACAGACUGUCACCUUGCCGGUGCACUUGGACUGCUAAGAAUCCUAAUUUACAAGGUUCAUGUUGACGGCACAACAACCAUGUCUACCCAUGAGCGAAAAGCAAGUAUAAGAGAAUUUUAUGCGGUUAUUUAUCCCUCUUUGCUGCAACUUCAAAGUGGUGUUACUGAUACAGAAGAUAAAAGGCAAAAGGCAGUGUGCAUGGAAAGGUAUAGAAGAAGAGAUGAUGAGGAGUACAGGCAGUAUACAGAUACAGACAUUGAAAGGGAAGAAGAAUGUGGAAUUUGCAUGGAGACAAAUUGUAAGAUUGUCUUGCCCAAAUGCAAUCAUGCAAUGUGCUUGAAAUGCUACCACGAGUGGCGUACACGAUCCCAGUCAUGCCCGUUUUGUCGGGACAGUUUGAAGAGGGUGAACUCCGGUGAUCUCUGGGUAUUCAUGGACUAUAGGGAUGUGACUGACAUGGCGACCAUAACACGGGAGAAUCUUAGAAGGCUGUUCAUGUACACAGACAAGCUGCCUCUGGUUGUUCCUGACACGCUUUUCGAUGCCUACGAUUCUCAUAUCCGGUAGGCAGCUGGGACUGUCUGAAUCCGCCAUCGAUGCCUUCAUAUGAGUACUAUCAUUCCAUUCACUCAAAGCCUGACUUUGGAUUUGGUCACUUUAGUUUAAAGUUUUCAAUGCUUCUGAUUUAGAGGAACCCGGCCUGGAUUAUUGAAGGCAGGGGGUUCAGAAUUGAGAUAGUCUCAACUGGAACGGGGUUCAUAAAUGUACCUUGCCAAAUUGUACAUCCAUGUAUAGCUUGAACUUUGUUCAGAGGAGCCAUCUUACUUUUCUUUUACUUCACGUGUAUCACAACUUGAUCUUUAUUUCCCUUGAAGUUGCUGGAAGGGCUCAAAUAGUUCCUACCAUCUUUUCUUUGCAUAACUUGUUACCUCCUAAACCUUGAUUCUUUUGCUUGUAAAACAUGAAUAAUUAGUCUUUGUGAUAUACCCACAAAGAUUUGGAUCCAAAAAUGGGUUUAAGAUA